AUGGGGCCUUACACUGGAUGCAGCAAGUACACUUUAUGGCUUCUCCAUUGUCCUUGCUGUUACUCAAUCUCUGGAACUCUGACUUGUUUUCAUCUUCUUUUCCUACCUUAUGCAGAUGACAAAUGGAAAAUUGACUUUACUGAGAAAGUCUCAGCUAAUCAAGAACAGGUGGACAAAAUGAAGGAAAUUGUCCAGAAACUUCAAUUCAAGUACAGGAGCGACAGCUUUGAGAACCCAGCUCUCCAACAGCACUAUAUGAACUUGGAGGCCUUGGCCCUAGACCUGCUGGAACCUGAAAAGGCUGAGGAUCUGACAGUGCCUAAGACUGAGGGCCAAGCUACAAACUACAGGAUAGGUAACCUUGUGGAGGAAUUCAAGCAGCUGGUGUAUCCACCUGGUUAUCAUCCUGAAGGGAAAGCUCCAAAGCGCAAACAAGGAGGUGGCUCAGAACAACUAGAAAAGAAAGCCAAGAUAGAAAUCUCUGAAGAGGAGUUAAAAAAUCAUGUUCAAAAAGGCACUUUGGGAAAGCUCAUAGUAUCACUUCUGAAGGAUGUCUGCAAGAUUUAUGGUCUGAAGGGAGGUGGGAAGGAGCAAGAACUUUUAGAUGCGGUGAAUGAACAUUUCAGUAACCACUAA